ACCAGGAACAGGUAGCUAGUUUUGCUACAGUAGCUAGGUUAUUUGCCUAACGCAGGUGACCGGUCAGAUAAUCAUAGGAAUCAGCACUGCGUCUCACACCACUAAAAUGGGUAGAUUUAUUCUCAGUAGCAUCAUAAUCGCAUUUUGUGCGCGUAUUUAUCCAGUUCGAGCACUUGACAACGGCCUCGCGCUAACGCCGACAAUGGGCUGGCUGCACUGGGAGCGAUUUACGUGCAAUACUGACUGUGACGCGGACCCCCAGAACUGUAUCAGUGAGAAGCUCUACAUGGAGAUGGCAGAUAUGAUGGUGAAGGACGGGUGGAAGGACGUCGGUUAUGAGUAUGUGUGCAUUGACGACUGCUGGCCCUCAGUUAACCGCGACGCCCAGGGCCGCCUGCAGGCAGACCCCAAGAGGUUCCCUGGGGGGAUCAAGAAGCUCGCUGACUACAUCCACUCCAAGGGACUGAAACUGGGGAUUUAUGCAGACGUAGGAACACUAACAUGUGCAGGCUACCCUGGCAGUUUUGGCCACUAUGAGACAGAUGCUGCGACAUUCGCUGAAUGGGGAGUGGACCUGCUGAAAUUCGAUGGGUGCUACAUGCCACAGUGGACCUUACUGGCAGAGGGUUAUAUAAACAUGUCGCUGGCCUUGAACAAGACUGGAAAAAGUAUUUUGUACUCCUGUGAGUGGCCACUGUACGAGUGGCAACACCAACAGCCCAACUACACGGCCAUCCAGCAGACCUGUAACCACUGGCGAAACUACGCAGACGUGUUUGACUCCUGGAGCAGCAUAACAGGCAUCCUGGACUGGACCGGUGAUCAUCAGGAUCUCCUUGUUCCUGUGGCUGGACCCGGAGGGUGGAAUGACCCAGACAUGUUGGUUAUAGGGAACUUUGGGCUAAGCUGGGACCAGCAGGUAACCCAGAUGUCCCUUUGGGCAAUCAUGGCCGCUCCAUUGCUGAUGUCAAAUGACCUGCGGGACAUUGACCCCAGGUCCCGAGCGCUGCUGCAGAAUCUCCAUCUUAUUGCCAUCAACCAGGAUCCACUGGGCAAGCAGGGCUACCGUGUCGCCAAGGUGAACGGCUUCGAGGUGUGGGAGCGCCCUCUGUCUGGGGGCAAACUGGCAGUGGCCGUGGUCAACAGGCAGGAGCUGGGCGGUCCCCGACGCUUCCCCCUGCUUCUGGCCACGCUGAUCAGCUGGAAGUCCUGCUGCCCGCAGUGCAACAUCACCCAGGUCACGCCCCAGUACCAGGAGCUGGGUGUACAGAGCCUCUUUACCAAGGCAGCGAUCCCAAUCAACCCUACCGGCACUGUAAUGCUCAUCAUCUCCCCCGCAGUCUCCCCAGAGAAAUGCAAGCCGCUGUCCAGGAUGCAGGCUAAGAAAUGGCUCCAUUACCUCAGCAAAGAGGAAGCCCUUGACACAGUACCCACAAUGUGGGUUAAGGAGCUGCUAUACCAGAACCAGAAAAGGGAACGAGUCUCACUGUGAGUCUGACACAACUAAAGAGCUCACAAUUAAAAACCAAAUAUUUUGUGUAAUAGAAAUACAUGUUUGUGUGUAAAGGUAGAUUACAUGGGGGAAAUUCAUGUGUAGCACUGGUUUAGUGCCAUAAAAAUGCAGUGAAAAUAUAUAUUGAUGGGAAUUAUAUGAAGGGAAGAGGCUGGGGUUUGCACUGCUCAGCCAUGCAAUUACCUUUCAUCUCAGGGUGUACUGUAGUGAUUUCUGCUGCUUGAAAAGUGAUCAUUUUGCAUUUUAUCAAUAUUUUCUAUGACAUUUAAAUAAAGCCUUUUU